AUGAUGAUGACUGUUGGUGAAAGUAAUAAUAAUAAUAAUAAUAAAGAUAGUAGAAGAAAUGUGUUCACAGACACCAAAACACAUCAAAUUAGAUACUAUAAUCAUUCUCCUUCAUCAUCCUCUUCUUCUUCUUCUUCUUUUAAAAAACAAGUCAACGAUAAAGAUGCAAUUGGAUAUUUAUAUAUGCAUUCAACAAAAGAUCAAUUCUUUGCACAUGUUGACCUAGACGACGUAUUAUUGUCUCUCAACGUUGAUAUUAUUCGUCUUUAUUUUGAAAGGUAUCCCGAUCGAUACCUCCCUUGGAAACCGAUUUUAUGUUUGCCCAAAGAUCGAGUUGCAAGAAUCAAACAAGUCAUCAUUGCUCUAUUAGAAAUCCAAGAUAUUGAACCUGUAAAGAAACUAAAGAACAAGGCCAUUGACAUUCUUGGAGGAGAGUCGCAUCAAAAUGAUAAUGAAAAGAUUGUAACAUUGAUGACACUACUACUCUCCAUCCACCGGUUUGAUUGGCAUGGUUACGAUGAUCCAAAUACCGAGUUGUGGCAACAAGUUUUACAAUGGAAUAUCGGAUCGGUGCAAGACUAUUUCAUACAGAAUACAACUUAUUCAAUGAUAGAUCAUGCACCAUCAACAGAGAUACUCGAAAAGAUAUUUCAGUGUUACCCUCAAGUGUGUCAGAAAUACAAUUAUAGGGUCUUAAAAUCGAGACGCUUGUAUCGACGUUUUAUUGACUUGCAAUUGACACCAGAAACAAAAGAAUUGGAAUAUCGUGUGAUUAAAGGAAUCACCAAAGAUUGGCAACUAGAAGUUAUUUUGGAUGCACUACAAUCAAAAGGAUUGGAUUAUUCAUUAUUAUUCAAACAUCAAAUUUCAAUACCGCCAACAACCAUGGAGAUAUUAUUGACCAAAUAUCCAAAAGCAAAGAAUCAUAUAGUUUCUGGUUGUCAAAAUAGAGUGUUCAAAGACUAUACCGAUUUUGUACCAAAAGAUAUACCAAUUUUAAAGAGAAUUCAUGGUCUUGUCGGCUCAACAGAUCAAUUCAAUGUGGUGUGGUCUUAUUUUAAUCCAGUACAUCUCAAGAUCAAGACAAAAGAGGAUAUACAUCUACUCAAAGACAAUAUUGAUUCGUUUGACAUUACCAAACAAGAUCAAUUGGUCACCUAUAGUGUCCUCGCGGCAAGUGGAGAUGAUACUAAAGUUAUUUGGGAAUUGGUUGAUUUAUAUUUAAAAUAUUCAAUUGAUCCUAAAAAGAAAUUAGAUUUUGUGUCUGGAUCAAUUGAAAAGUUUAUUGUAUUGAGAGAAACAGAAAGAGAAACAAAAGACCACAUAAAAGAGAUAAAACGAAACAUUGUCAAUGUUGGCAAAGAUAUUAUUCGUAGUGGUCGAUUGGAUUUAUUUAAAAGAAUGGAAGAGAUUAUUCCUAUUAAAUACAAAGAUUGGUAUAGACAGAGACACAUUAAAUUGGCAAUGAGAUACAGCUCAUUUUCAAUAUUUAACCAUCUUUGCCAAGAUAUUAAGACACUCUGCCGUGAUACAUUCCUAUCAUGGAUCAAAAUAUACGAAACCAUGGGUGGGUAUCCAUCGGCACGUGAUUUUAUGGUUUAUCUCUAUCAAAAUAAUCAUAUAAUAUUGGGACGUGAUAUCAUCAAAAAUAGAUCAUAUCAUCGAUUAAAUAAUAAUAAUCCUCUUCCAACACCUAUAAAAAGAAAAAAGAGUAUCAAAAACAGUCAAGGAUUUUUAGAAUUGUGGGAUGGUGAUGGUAACCAAGAAAUAUCAUAUGAAGAAGUAUUAAAUCAAUUUAAAAAUCAAGGAUUCAAAGAUCCGUCUGUCCAAGCUGCAGGAUAUUUUAAAACUUUGGAUCAUGAUGGUGAUGGUAUUAUUACAAUAAAUGAAUUAAGAAUUUUUGAUAAAAGUUUACAAGAAAUUAUACAAAUGGAUGUUGAUAAAUUUCUAUUAAGAUUUACAUCCAAAUCAAAAUACUCAAUCUCAAUCGAUGACUUGAUCAAAUACUUUAAAACUCACAAAGGGUCAGAUCCUCAAGAUACAAGAUCACCAAUUGAAAAGGCUGAAUCCAUCAUGAGUCUAUUUGAUUCAAACUUUGAUGGUGUCAUUUCAUUAACUGAAAUUAAAUUGAAAUAUGUUGAAUUCUUUUUUGAAAAGAGUGAUGUAUACGAUCAAAAUAGAAACUCAUCAUUGGUAGGAAAGGAUUUAUUAUUAGGUAUCUAA